CCCACCAGCACCAGCACCCCACCUCCACUGCCGACACACUCACUCUCUCUCUCUCCCUUGCCCUGUGCCUGUCUCUCUCCAUUCUACCAAGCAGCCAGACCUCCUCUCUCUCUCUUCUUCUGCCCUGUUGACAUCCCUUGAGCGCUCCACGCCUUUCUCCCUCAGCCUCCGAAGCCGUCUGCCUUCGCCGCCGCUGACGGCCAAAGUCUGUAUCUACAACCGCAACAAGUUCCCUGGGACUUUUUCUGAAACUUUUUCCUCAAUACCUUUUUUUAUCUUUUUUGCUACCUCCCUUGAGACUCCAGUGCGGGUGGUGCUGUGUGUGAUAGGGUCUAGUGUUGCUCUUUGCCCUGGUGGCCUCUGUACGCCGUUGACCGAAGGAGAAGACUACUUGUCACCAUGAUCAAAGUUCAGCUGCUGCUCUUGCUGGGCCUGGUCGGCCCCUUCUGUGCCGUCGCACACGCAAGUAAGUCAACAUCCAGGGCUCGAGCCCUCCUAGCACACCGUGUUCUCUCUGUCUGGCUCUCACACUUACUCACACACACACCACACCUCUCUUCUCAUAUUCACACACCCUUUGUCUGUUUGGCUUGUAUCCUGCCGCGUCCUGAAUUUGAAUCUCGGGGCUGCUCUUAGUUCUUUGUUCCUUAGUUCAAAAGUUCCACUCUCGGAAGAGCGUACACGCGUUUUCUUUGGUUUGUUUGAUGUGUGUUUUAUUUUAUUCUUCACAGUAGUCUUUAAAAAUGUGUUCGGCUAUGGUAUAGGACUCUUGUAUUCUCUUCUAGAUUCUCCUCUAGGUAUAAGUUCAUUUAGCAGUGAAUUGCUUUGGCUCAUCCUGGAUGGAAAAAGAAGCUUUGGCUGAGGGUGUCAAUGUAAUGAAGAGGGGCGACUGGGUGGACAGUCUGUGUCGAUUCUAACCCCCCCCCCCCCCCCCCCCCCCCCUCCCAAGCCUCUGGCAGGAGGAAAAGUUUGAUUUGGAGACAAGGGGGAAUGUGAUGUAAUGGUGCUAGGUCUUGUGCCUCGUGCACAUGAGUUCUUGGCUGCCGGCAGGAUGAAAAAGGAAUAUCCUUUGGAAGGUUACCAAAUAGUGCUCGGGUCCGACUUGCCAAAGAUACACACUGUACACGUUGAUCGGAAAGCUAAUCCCUCUCCAUCUCUCUCCCUUUCCCACUCUCCCUCGCCAGUCCUGGGUAGGAAAGCUUUUCCCAAUGGGGAGGGAGGGAAGGAGAGGAGGGGGCAGAGACAGAGUGCAGCAGGGCAGGGCUGGUUUGCGUGUGGGUAUUAAUAGAGGGUAGCUCUAUAUUUAAGACUGUCAUAUGGAUGGGACCGGGAGAGAGAACACCCGGCUACGUGAGGGCUUAACAGUGAGGGCUGCUGCCGCUGCCCCACCCCUACCGCGUGUUGUUAGACUGCCAGGACCCACCGCCCCCUCCACAUUUACCCAUCUUUGGCAGGGUAUCAAGCUUUACAGGCCCCCUCACCCCUCACUCCAGCCGCCCCCUGAUACUAUUCCCCCUACUCCCGGUUGAUGAGUCUAGGGGCGGGAGGAAGUUGGUGGGGUUUAUUUUUAAACGGCAACCUUUACCGACCAGACGCGCCCCUUUCCAACGAAGGCCUGUUUGUAAGAACGUUAACUCCUCGAGCUUCUCCUCUCUGCUCCACACCCUGACAAAAAAAAUAUCUAAUAAAAAAAAUAUAUAUAACAACCUGCACGCGCUCCGAACAGAGCCUGUUGAUGCUUGACUCCCCUGCAUUCCUCGCCGACACCCCUCCCAGCUCAUAAUGAGCUUUGUCUGAGCCACUCGCCUUUGAAAGACUCCAUCCAGCACAUCUGGCUGCAGACACGGGUCAAUGCCCUCUGUCCGUGCCAGCUUGUAAAGUGACUCAAGUGUGCGCUCAUACGCCGAAUAUGAGGCGCGCACUGUAAAAUCAACUCAGGAAAGCAUCGCUUACGUCUCUUGUUUUUUGCCAUCCAAAAUGUAAAGUUGAAAGUUGUAAGCCUACCUCUGUAAAGCAGAAUCUGUGCGGUGAGAAAACAAACAUCUAUUUGAGUCGGCCCUGGCGAAGGCCAUUUUAGCUCGCGAAUGAGGUAGCCCCAGACGUAGUUGUAGGGUUGGUGUGGCAGGCACUGACAGAGAGGGUAAUUCAGCCCUGCCAUUAGACCAAGGGGGCACUCCCACAACAUGGCUGAGCCAAGGGUUUGUGUGUCUUCACUGUCAGCAUGAACAUGAAUGUCUCACGUCUCUAGCACCUACUCCAAAGGGCCAGACACGGAGCAAAGAAGAAAAGACCCACAGGGCUUCAUAGAAACGUAUACAACAGUGGACUGAGAAUCAUUUGAUGUUUUCACUUGAUAUCUUACUAAAGUUCCCUGAUAUAUUUAUUGUGGCUCCAUUUAAGUCAUCUCAAUUCAUUUUUGCUGUAUUGUCCAGCAGAGGUGGAAAAGGAGGGAAAAGUUAACUUAAUGUACUGCCAAAAUGUAAUCAAUAAUAGAUUGAUGAGUUUGACAGGAUAUAUUUAUCUCUAUACACUCUAUACCAGUUUAUUAGGUACACCCAUCUAGUACCGGGUCGGACCCCACUUUGCCUCCAGAACAGCCUGAAUUCUUCGUGGCAUGGAUUCUACAAGGUGUGGCGUUGAAACGUUGCUCAAGGGACCUAACGUGUUCCAGGAAAACAUUCCCCAAACCGUUACACCACCGCCAUCAGCCUGUACAGUUGACCCCAAGCAGGAUGGGGCAAAAGACUCAUGCUGCUUACGCCAAAUCCUGACUCUGCCAUCAGCAUGAUGCAACAGGAACCAGGAUGUGUUGGACCAGGCGUUGUCCAGUGUUGGUGAUUGUAUUCCCAUUGGAGCCGCUUCUUCUUGUUUUUAGGUGAUAGGAGUAGAACCCGGUGUGGUCGUCUGCUGAAAUAGCCCAUCCGUGACAAGGACCGACGAGUUUUGCAUUCCGAGAUGCCGUUCUACACACCACUGUUGUACUGCACCAUUCUCUGUAAAUCCUGGACAUUGUCGUGCAUGAAAAGCCCAGGAGGCUGGCCAUUUCUGAGAUACUGGAACCUGCGUGUCUGGCACCGACGAUCCUACCACGCUCAAAGUCGCUUAGGUCACUUGUUUUGCCCAUUGUAACGGUCAAUCGAACUGUAACUGAAUGUCUCGAAGCCUGUUUGCCUGCUUUAUAUAGCAAGCCAAGGCCACGUGACUCACUGUCUGUAGGAGCGAACAAUUUUUGUGAACGGGGUGGUGUACCUAAUAAACUGUGUAUUUCUUGUGAUGACUCGAUAUUUCACAAAAGUCUGUUAUUGAUGAUGUAUAUUAUUUGCCUGAUAUAUUGUUCAAGUUCAUUUGAUAUAGGCCCGUGGCUUCAUAUAUACGUAUUGUGCCAUUGGUGGCCUCAGUGAUGUUGUCCAGAAGCGGAAUGUUUAAUGUCCUGUAUCUCCACUCAUGGGAAAAUAAACGCGGCCUGUAUGUGGACACUAUUGUGUCUAAGAUAAGAGCCAGUUGGAAUAUUCCACUCUGGCUAUCGGACCUUCCACUCAACUCAAAGUGCCAGGCAGCGAGUUACGGCGCUAUGUAUUUAUGCGCGACUCCUACAUCUAGCGUGGGAGGCUAGCUGUGCUGCGCGGUGCCAUACCGUGAUGAGAUGGGAUGGGCAGAUACCUCCCUCCCCAGCUAAGGAACAACAUUCUUGGGCUCCGGGGGCCACAACAGACACACACUCCCUCACACGUCUGGAGAUGGGCCCUUCCUGUCUACAGACAGCUUAGCACAGAUUUACACACACACUCACAUGCACACACAAGGGAGCCUCAAUGGCAGCUGAUUGUGAUGGUGAUGGAUGUGUCCUGCUCCCUCCCUCGCUCUCUCCCCCUCUCUCUCUUCUCCCCCUCUCUGUCUUUCUCUCUCACGAUGCCAUUACUGUCCGACAGGCAGGAUCCCCACCCCAAACGGGCCCCACCACUUCUCCCGGCCCUUUCCUGUAUUCUCUCACUCUCUCACUUUUCACUCUCGCCCCUUUGCCUGCCUGCCUUUUAUGCCCCUCCCCCUUCUCCCCAAAGAGCUUGUUUGAGAGAAAUUUUAAAGCAGGGUCAUUAAGAAAGACUUUUAAUGCGCAGCGGUGGUUAAGCGAGCUGAUGACACACACACUCAAACACACACACUCAAACUCAAGCAUGCACGCACGCACUCACACAUGGACAUACACACAUCUGCUCUGAGGUCAGGCUAUCAUGGGACAUUAAAUCAGAGACAGACUAUGGGACUAGGCCCCUGUUCACAAAAUAGGGAGAGUGUGAGAGCGAAUAAACGGAAGGGGCUGCCGCUGGGCUCUCCCCUCUUUAAGUAAGAAACAUACCGUUCCCUUUCGGUUACCCUCCACCCUUUUACAACCACUCUCCUCUUGCUGAGCUACAGCAUUCCCAAAACGUUUAUCAGGACAACUUAAUUCAUGGGGUGAGGCGGGGCAGAGAGAAGAUAGGGAGAAAGAGUGGUAGAGAGGGAUGGAGAGAAACGUAUGGUGGGAGAGAGAUGUAGAAAGUGGUUGUGUUCUCUUACUCACCAGCGCAUCUGUAUUAGCCAGCACAGUGGAAAGGAAAUAGUACUUAGAGCUAAUUGUGAGCACAGCAGACAUAAUGAAGCAAUUGUUAGCGGAGGGGGGUGGGGGGACAUGAAUACGUAUAGCGCAAGGACAUUCUCACUCGAGCAUGGGCACUUUAUCAUCACAGACAUUCCAAGCAAACAGAAACGUUGCAGUUUCAAGCGCUUCACGAUCCGUCGUUGGAGAACAAAUGUUUUGUUAUAUUUAAACCUGCUUGUUGCUAAUGAACGUUUGAGCAAAUAGGGAACUAAGAAUAAUGGGUCUGGGACAACUAGAGAGAGAGGGAGUCAGCUAGUCAAUGUUAUUUUUUAUCUCGUAAAGCAUUCUCUAUUAUGAACGGUCUCGAACAAUCGGGGAAAAUGACGAAGAAAUGAUGUCAGGUUCUAAGUUUAGACAGAUCGCUCAGUGUCUUAUUUCUGGAGUUGGGAGAAGUUUUGAACUGCAUAUUCGAAAGGGCAAAGAGUACUUUCAGGAAAAAGGAGCGAUUGCAAAAGAACAUGUUGCCAGUUUGCAAGUUAACCAUAAUUUCAGUCCUUCACUAAAAUGGACUUCUACUUCUUAAUUUCGAUGCUGCGCUGUCCAAGCAAAGCUUUCAGUUGUGGUGUGGAGGGGAAUAUUUCAAACAGGCACAGAUAGGACUUGGGUUGUAGAGCACAACAGUAAGGUCUCACUCAGCUUGUACUUUGCGGUCCAACCCUUUGAUCAAAGAGGCUAUUCUUAUUACAAGAGGGUUUCAUACAAUUAUAGGAUAGAUGAUGGUACAUUUCUCUUCAAGCAUUGACAGCAGCAUACCACCCUGCAUCCCACUGCUGGGUUGCCUCUGAAGCUAAGCAGGGUUGGUUCCUGGAUGGGAGACCAGAUGCUGCUGAAAGUGGUUUUGGAUGACCAGUAGGAGACGCUCUUUCCUCUGGUCCCAAAAAAUAUCCCAAUGCCCCAGGGCAGUGAUUGGGGACAUUGCCCUGUGUAGGGUGCCGUCUUUUGGAUGGGACGUUAAAAGGGUGUCCUUUUAACGUCCCACUAAAGAUCACUAAAGAUCUGUGGUCACUAAAGAUCCCAUGGCACUUAUCGUAAGAGUAGGGGUGUUAACCCCGGUGUCCUGGCUAAAUUCCCAAUCUGGCCCUCAUACCAUCAUGGCCACCUAAUCAUCCCCAGCUUCCAAUUGGCUCAUUCAUCCCCUCUCCUCUCCCCUGUCAAUUUACCUGGUAAAAUAAGGAUUAAAAAAAGACAGCCCACUGAACUCAAAGAGCUUCCUUUGCAACUCUUAUUGCCAUCCAAAAAUGGCCAGAUGAGAGGAUGUUUUGAGGUUGAGAUCCAUGUAGAUCUUUGGUCUCUCUGGUAAUUUCACGAACAACAAAUUCCAACACAUCCAAGUAAUUUGGAUGCCAUUUUCUCUGUUAAACACCCAGCUGAAUUGUCCAUGGUUGCUUUCCCCUCUUAGUGACUAUGUUUUAAUGGUAUGGCCUCAUAUGCUGACUUCCUGCCAUCCCCAUCCAGGGGCUGUUAUGGCGGAGACUCCAUGAACAGGAAAUGAGGCAGCGGAUGAGGCAUGCACGUGCGCAAACACGGCCCAAGACAGGACGGAGAGGGGCAGGUUGGAUGGGACAAGGGAGGAGGGAGGACCAACAUUUGUUCAGUCAUGGGGUGUGGCAGCCAUGUUCUCACUGCUACUGAUGAGUCAAGCCAUGGGCUGGGAGAGGAAAAAUAGAUGUCAAGGAAGAGUGUUCAUAUUUACGUCGUUUUUUCUUUAGUUUUCCCACAAUGUCCUUGCACUGAAGGACUUUCCAACUGUUGUCCCCUCUUUCCAGCGAAUACAUUUCAAAACGAUUGCGAAAUGACAGAGAGUAAAGUUUAUGGUCGUGUUCAAAAAGUAAUUCACCUCAAUUGUCAUGUAUCCAAUCACAAGUGGUAGCCCUUCUCUUCAGCGUGUGUGAAUAUAGUUAAUUUGCCUCUACCAGCCUCUGACCUCUCUUUGCUGCCCCUCAGGCACACUGGUGACACCAUUAGACUGGGUGUCAGAUACCCCUGCUGCCACCGAGGCCCUCAAAGAAGAAGCCGCCACCGACGCCCCCACGGCUGAACCCAAGACUGCGGCCGAGGAGGUCAUAGCGGAAGCCCCUGCCACCGAAAAUCCUGUCGCUACCGAGGCCAAUGGGGCUGCCUCUGAGGUGACGGAGACCGCUCCCGUGGAGACCGAAGCCCCUGCCUCCACCACUGAGGCUGCCGAGCAGGAGGCGGCCACAACGGAGGCCCCUGUUGUCGUCACCAUGGCCCCGGCGUAUCCCGAAGCCGAGACCACGGCAGAGGCUGAGGAGGAGUUGGUGGUGGAGGAGCCUGAGGGUAAGGAUAGGAGAUAUCAGCUACAAAUAUAUCAAUGCUACAGUCUGUCUGUGCUCCCAUAGGCGGGAAUCAAAUAGAGGGGCAAUGAUAUAUAGAGCUCAAGACACCAUGAGAUUGCUCUGCCCCCUGGUCUCUUCAUUUCUAUCCUUGCCUUUUAGUUGAUUGUCUAAUUUUUUGUCUUUGCUCUGUUUCCCUCUUUCCAUUCAUUUUUACCUUCUCUCUGUUUCCUUCCUGUUCUUUCACCAAACGUGUUGUUGAUUCCCUAUCGAGGUCAGUCUGGUGGGGUAACUCGGUCUUUGUGUUCCUUCCACAGAGAGCACUGGCUCUGGACAAGUGGUGGGUAUUGUGAUUGGCGCAUUGGUGGCAGUGAUCAUUGUCAUCGCUGUGGUGAUUGCCUUGGUGAGGAGAAUGGGCAAAUACUCGUAAGUACCUCCAAGGGAUACACCCAUUGAACUAGAAUUGGUCACUCUAUUUCUAUUGAUACACACACAUGCUCAUAUGCACAUGUACGCAUGCACACACACGCACUCUGCAUGUCCUGUUUGCCUUGUUGUGAUCUUAGUAGAGGACUAAGCAUGCUGUAGAAGCGUGAAGCUACUACUGUAUAAAACCAUGCACAAUACUCUCAUUUUCACAACUUAUGCAUGUACUUGAAAGGGUUAGUUUGGGAUUUUGGCAAUGAAGCCCUUUCUCUACUUCCCCAGAGUCAGAUUAACUCAUGGAUACCAUUUUUAAAAUUAACUCUGCAUCCAGUAUGAGGAUAGUUAAAGGUAGUUUAGCAAGCCAAUGCUAACUAGCUUAGCGAAAACACUGAAAGUCUUUGGGAUCAGUUAGCAUCCAUCAUACUGGACACAGAGAUAUAACAUUUGCUAUCACAGGAGGUUGGUGGCACCUGAAUUGGGGAGGAUGGGCUCGUGGUAACGGCUGGAGCGGAAUUAGUGGAAUGGUAUCAAAUAUAUGGUUUCCAUGUGUUUGAUGCGAUUCCAUUCGCGCCAUUCCAGCCAUUAUUAUGAGCCGUCCAGCCCUCAGUAGCCACCACUGUUUGCUAUCCACAAGUUCAUCUGACUCUGGGAAAGUAGAUAAAGGGCUUCAUUGCCAAAAUCCCGAACUACUAUGGUGAAGUGGGUGUAAUGGUUGUUACCAAGCACGUGGUUUAAUAGAUAAGACAACCUGCAUCACUUUUCAACCAUAACUGGUCCUCUGAACAUAACACAUUUGAAUCAUAGAUUCAAAUAGAAGUGUCCGUAUUCCUUUAAAAAGGACGUUUUAUUUAUAAAUGUUUCAAAUGUUUCCUCUGAGAAUACUGUCAUGUUUGGGGAUGUGCUUGCCUGCUAACAGGGAACGUUUUUUAUGCCAUAGGGCUGCUGCUGCUAAGAAAAAGGCUGACACAAAAGAGAGCAUCUUGGUUUCUGUAAUUUUCUCUUUGAUUAUUUUCCCAGUUAAUCAUCUUAACUCUACGACUCUCUGUGGUUCAAAGUCACUGACACAUAACAAAGGAAAAUAAGAGGACCCUAUUCCCUUUAUAGUGCACUACUUUUGAUCAGGGCCCAUAGGGCUUUGGUCAAAAGUAGUGUACUUUAAAGGGGAAUAGGUGCCAUUUGGGAUGAAUUCUUUGUUAUGUGUCUGUCCGUCGCCGAUCGACAGGCUGUUGGUUGCUACUGCUCUCUGAGACAUCCACUCAUGGGCCAAUGAGCCAUCAGGCAUUGUUCAUUCAGUGAAAGAAGUGGCUCUAUUCGCGCUUCAAUUUCGGUCAAAAGGCUCAUGUAUGGACUUAGUGGGUCCAUUUCACAAAUGCUUUCCCAGCUGUUUGACUUUACAUCAUCAGUUCCGGUUGAUUAUGCUUCCUGUCUCAAUGGCUUAAUGGUUCGAAGCGGAGUAGCAACUCAAGGCUGUCAUCUUGAAUGUGUUAUCCUGAUAACUAAUUCAAGGAGAUUUGUCGUUGGUCCAUUUUGAAACGCUUUAGAUUUUUUAAUUGUUCCAAUUUGACCUAAACCGUUAUUUAAAGUAUGUUUAUCCUUAAAACCAUUCAAAACAAACUAUAUCCUUAUACAAGCCGAAUGUCUGUAGUGUCCAUAACUAAGAUAACCUCCUGUAUAUGUGUGACUUUUGAAUUAACUAAAUUACAAUCACCCAUGUUUUUAUUUCCUCAUUUUGGGGUCAAUGGUGACUCCCCCUACGAAUUAUGACAUUUCAUGAAAAAUCUACUAAAGUUAAUGUUCUCCAUGUGCUGUGUUAUCUUUAAAAUCCUAAACCAAGCAACUUUUUAGAUAUUAUUUUUCCAAACCAUCUUUUUCAAUCAUCAACUGAAAUUUUUAUGAGCCAUUACCAGAUUUUGUUUUGUGUGUAUAUGUGUUGGCCUGUGUGUCUUACACUCUCUUUCUCCUUCUCUCUUCAUCCCUCAGCCCCUGAGGAGAAAGGCUGCAAGACAGGAAGUCCCCAAAAAGUUCUGGCAAUUCUGAACUGCUGAACUACGUAAUUUCCUGUCAUUAAACAAGCAUGCUACCAGCACUUGGACUGUUGCCAAAAGGAGGGGGAGGAUGUUUGCCCACUUCCCCUCUUCUCCCCCAACCCCCAGACAGGGCCAUUGAUAUCAAUGGUCCUGCGCCCAACCACACAGCAACCCUCCACACCAAUAACCAAACGGGGGGGGGGGGUUGACCGUGACCCACAGGAUGUCACAGUGAAUUUCAGGAUUUUUGUGUUUGUAAAAAUAAAGAAAGUAAGGGAUUAUCUAACUUGUGGUAGAAAACGCUCUCUCUUAUGCAGUGGUGUGUACAUUCAUUCCGAUUUGCAUUUGAGUUGGUGAAGAGGACCUAAACACACGACACAAAGAAACAUACAAAAUAAAAAUAAAAAGGUGAAUACAGAAGAAAAAAGGCGGGAGAGAAUGUUGUGAAUUUAAUAGGGUGUAUAUACCAUGCAAAGGGACUACAGUUAUAACUUGAUUAUAUGUUGCAGUUGCUCAUUAUAGCAUUCAGUUAAUGGAACAUUGCAAAGCAGCCAUAGGCAAUUGUGGCCAAUGGACCCAACUGAACCACAUCCACAUAGUAUUUUCUCACCUUAACACCUAGCCAAUGAGUCCCUAGCUACCAAAAUGUUCAACAACUGUAUGAAGCACUGUUUGCAGAAGUUGUUUCGACAUUGUGCUCAUGUUCUGAGGGUUAGUGAGGGGCUGAUGAAAAGACGCCUCAUUUGCAAGUGUAACGUGACAUUCUGCCAGCUUUAACACUGACAUAUAAAAACGUAAUACAUAUCCGUGAAAUUUUGCAGAAGGGUUUGUGCCACUGUCUCUGGUAUUCCCUGGCUAGUUUGGAGAUUUGACUUUUGGAGUGCAUUAAUGUGAAUUGACUGUACUUUAACUGCCCCCCAUUCCAAUAGGACAGCUUUGACGACUUCAGGUUUUCACAAAAGCCCCCAUUCUGGUAGCGUUGUCCUUUACAAUGUAUUUACUGUACUUCUGCUUACUUUAGUUGGGAUAGAGUAUACCAAGCAAACACACACAAUAUUUAAAUACAAGUUCCCCCCUGAAUGCAUGCAAAGGAUGUUUUGACUUCCAUGGUUGCACCCAGUUUUAGGUGCACAGUUUUAGGCAGCAAUGUCUAAAUUUUCUUCAUAAUCGUUAGUGGACAUUAAUGGGUGUAAAAAUUAUUCAGUCUCAGCUUAGCUCCGCUUGCUUUAAGAACUCAGUUAAUAAUUGCACUGAAUGAGUGAUGAUAAUUGUUUAAUGACUCCGCUUUAGACACUGCAACUGUUUGCAACGACGUUUGUUUCCGCUUUUGCUCCAUAUUAUCAGAUCUAGGUUUUUCAUUUUACUGUCAGAUUUUUUCUUUUAUUUAAUUGCAGUGUUUUUGUUCAUACUGUUUCAAUAAACAAGUGAAAACACUCCACAAAUAUACA